GCCCCUCCCAAGGGCGCUUGUUAUGAGCUCGACAGGUUUGGGCCGUGGAUUGUGACCGACAGGCGCGUCGUGUUCGGGCUCGGCCGCUGUAAUCCAGCUGUGUUAGUAGGUGUCCCUCCACCGAGUGUCUGACCAUGUUCAGGUGCGGGCUCGCCUUCCCUCGCUGCCGAUGGAUACUGCCCUUGCUACUCCUGCUGGCCAUUAUUUUCGACAUUAUCGCUCUGGCGGCGAGCUCCGGCUGGGUGGACUCCAAGUAUCACUAUGCGAGCUUGUGGGAACAGUUCCGCGGCCGGGACCCCAAUUGGGAACCCAGCUCCCUCAUGAAAUACGGCUGGGCACAGACAACCGCGGCCCUGUUGAUUCUUGGCUGCAUACUGUUGAUCAUCUGCUUCAUUCUCUCCAUCAUCGCUUUGUGUAAAGAACAAGCAAGCCUGUUGAGAGUGAUCGGGUUCAUCCUCUUCUUAGCUGUGCUGCUCCAGUUUGUCGGUCUGAUCGUCUACCCAGUCAAUUUCACCGAAGAACUGAUCCAAAGCGGCUCCUACGAGUAUAGCUGGAGCUACGGGUUCGGAUGGGGCGCCACCAUCCUGAUGAUCGGGUGUGGAAUUUUCUUCUGCUGUCUCCCCAAGUAUGAGGACGAACUGUACGGUUUGAGCAAGCCCUAUUAUAUUUACGAGAGCGCCUGAUUCCCUCCGUCAGUAAGGACCUGCUUUUGAGUUCUGUCUGAGCUUGGCACGUUGUGUGUUCACUUGCUCUUUUCAAAAACUGUUUUCUUUGUUUUUUUUUAAUGAAUCUCACUUGUAUGUUAAAGUAAUCAGCUUCAAUAGAUGGGUGUUGGGUGUAAGACAGAAGAUGUACAUUUAAGGUUGAGAGAGAUCCCAAGUGUAAUGUUGUCACCAAAUGCAAUGAGUAUGUAACAUUAAACUAGGACCUACAUUUUCCUCCCCUUCUGGCGUCUACUCCAAACAAUAGAAACAUGGUCUGGAUGUCGUCUAACAGUAGGUAACAGGAGUACAGUAUAUGUAUUUUAAGGGAGAUGAGAGAUUAUUGUAAUAUAAAGGGUUUGGAAUAGGAUAUAAUGGGUUUUAUUACAGUGACAACGUGCAGAGUGGAUUCAUUUAUAAAGAAUCGUUUUAUAUAUAUAUUGCUUGAUAUGUUUAAAUGUCCAAAAGGAAGUUAUGUUACUUAUUCAGUUUUGGGACCGGGGAGAAAGUUCCUUAAUGUCACAUUGUACAAAAAGAACUAACAUUUUAUUAAACAGUCUA